UUAAAAUUAAUAAAUGCGUAAUGCAUAAAAAGUUUGGCAAGCACUGAUGGCCAAGAGAAAAGUCCAGUGGGCGUGAGAGCGAUAGAUAAAGAAGAACUUCUGUGUAUACACAUUCAUGCAAGUUGUAUAAGUGAUUAUGUACAAGUAUGUGUUUAUGUACGAUCGAAUCGCAUUUUUUGUUUUCUGCUGGUACAGAAAGGCGAAUAAACAAUAUUAAUAGGCAGCUGAUUUGAUAGACCUAAUGUGAUCACGUCUCUUAGAGCUGUUCAGUCCACAACCCACAGUUUUCGUUGCUCAUUCUUGUGUGUCGGUUGUUUCUUUAGCCAUUUACUUUACUACACAUAUCCGUCUGUACGAAGUUAGAUAAAUUUUGUUCUUAUUCUGCAUAAUGUUUCCAAUUGGAUUCAAUCAUUCAAUCGAUGUAGAGGAGCCCGUGGUUAUUCCACUACCGCCAUCUCCUUUAGAUUUUAAAAAUAAAGUUAUUAUUAUCACUGGGGCUUGUUCUGGCAUUGGCGCCGCAGCCGCCAUGGAGUUUGCCAAGUGGGGCGGCCUACUUACUGUUGUCGGUCGCAAUAAUGAGAGCUUGCGUGCUGUUGCCGACAAGGUCAUUGAUGUACAUGAUCACUCACCAUUGAUUGUGCAUGCGGACAUGAUCAAUGAGGAGGAGGUACGUCAUAUUGUUGAUAAAACCAUAGCCACUUACGGACGUAUCGAUGUGCUCGUUAACAGCGCGUCCGUUAUUGAGAUUGGCAACAUUGAAACAACUACAAUGGCUCAGUAUGAUCGCGUUAUGGAUAUUAAUUUGCGCGCCGUGUUUCAACUAACAUCGUUGGCUGUGCCGUAUUUAAUCGAGACAAAAGGCUGCAUCGUAAACGUAUCAAGCAUUAACGGUUUACGUUCAUUUCCCGGUGUACUCGUAUAUAAUCUUUCAAAAGCUGCAUUGGACCAAUUUACCCGUUGCGUAGCGCUUGAAUUGAGAGAAAAAGGUGUGCGCUGUAAUUCAAUUAACCCUGUCGUCGAUGUUACGGAAAUUCAAAAAAGCGACGAUAUGGAUGAUGAGACCUACCAAAAGUGGUUAGAACAUUCUAGCAAGACACAUGAAGACGGACGCGAGGGUUUGGAGGAAGAAGUGGCAGGUGUGAUCGCAUUUCUGGCCAGUAAUAUGGCGAAUUUCAUUACUGGUGCCAGUUUGCCAGUAGACGGUGGACGCCAUGCGAUGUGCCCGCGAUAAAUUGGUUGUGAGCAUACAUAUAUAUUUUACAUCCAUACAUAUUAAGUAAACUGCAUUUGGCAAUAUGUACCAUCAAAUACUAUAGAUGCGUUGCAUGUUCGUAAAUAUACAUUGCAGUUUUAUUUACAUACAUAAGUAGUUUCACACAUAAUUUGUUAAAAAUUGAUAUCGUUAUACAUAAAUAUAUUUAUAAAAAGUAAUAAUAA